AUUGAGUUCUUUGAAUGACUUACGUUUACGAGACCUUACGUUAAUCCUUGAAUGCCCGCGGUUGACCGCUAUGCCAAUGAACUCUCUGGAUGAUGGUGAGCGGUCACGGCAUCAGCUGUUUCACUGUGACAGCUGCUGCGUGAACUGUCUCGCUGAUGUCGGUGGCGUCCGAGUGCUGCUUCCGCAGUUGAAUAUACUUGUCGCUAAAUUUCUUCGGAGAAAAUGGGGGCGAACAGUAGCAAGAAGGCCACCGGUAGACACCCAGGCCUGUCUGAUGAAGAGCAUAGGCAGUUACAAAAAAUUUUUCAAGUGGCAUCUAAGGACUCUUCACAUUGCACCGAGAUGAAUAUCCAAGAGUUGUGGAAUGGAAUUAACGAUCGCCUUUUGGCGCUGUUGCUUAACUAUUACUUCAAGUCCAAAAAAGCUGUAGAUUUUGAAAAUUUUAUUAAACCGUAUGUUAAUGUCGUACAUGGAACAGUGGAUGAAAAAAUCGAAAUAUUAACAUCGUUCUGGGAGACUGAAGGAGGGAUUCAAACCAAGGAUAUAAUAGAGUAUGUGUAUGGCGUAGUCCAUUCGUUUCUCCAAAAUCUCCUCAAUGACGAGACCUAUGAAAGCUGGAAGUCUGCUGGAUGCAACUCCUCUGAUGAUAGAAUUAGAAUGUUUUCCAAUUUUUUGUGUCACGAUUUACCGUUGUCUCCUCUCAUCUCGUCAGAACAAUUAACUGUCUGGGUUUCAUCAUUGUCAAGUUUGCAUGCAAUGGAAAAAGCUGUAUUUAGAAAUAUAUAUGGCACAUCAACACCAGAUAUCCUUUGUGAAAUUAAUAUGCCAUUGUGUUUAGGAAUAACCCCAGGGACAAUUUUUCCAUCGUUAUUAGAAUCAAGUGAUAUUUUGUUUUUGAAUUCACGUCUUCCAAAAGAAAUGCGUUGUGAAUGGAGAUUUUUAUUUUCAACGAAGAUACAUGGAGAGAGUUUCUCAAAACUUCUUGGUAAUAUUUGUAACCAAGGGGCAAGUUUAAUUAUUGUAAAAGACAAGUUGGGACAUGUUUUUGGAGGAUUUGCUCCAGAUAGUUGGAAUGUUGGACCUUCAUUUCUUGGAAAUGCAACCAGCUUCUUGUUUAAGUUGGAGCCAAGUUUAAACAUCUAUCAUCCUACUUGUUACAAUGAUCACUAUCAAUAUUUAAAUAUCCAACAACAAACAAUGCCAAAUGGUUUGGGUAUGGGAGGUCAGUUUGAGUAUUUUGGUCUGUGGCUUGAUGCAGAAUUUGGAACAGGACAUAGCAGUGAGUCUUGUACCACUUACCGAGGCUACCAAAUGUUAUCUGGUGAAAAAAAUUUUCAAAUUGAUCACGUUGAAGUGUGGGCAGUAGGAAAACCACCUGUUGUUGAAGAUGAGGAGCAAAGAAGUGUUCUAGACGAUCCCAAAAAUUGGGAAACGAAAGCCAUGUUAGAGUUUGCUGGGAGACCCCAGCACAGUGAAGGGUUAAGAGAACCUGUUGAAGACUGAAGUUUCUUUCAUACUUCAGAGAUAAUGAUUUUGCAGGAAAGAGAGGUACAUAUCAUAUGGGACACGUAACAAAGACUGCAUUGAUAACCAGAGAAAUUUGCAUCGGCAGAGAGAAAAAAUUUUGGAAUGACUUGGGGAAAAUAUAUUAUCUCUUCUCCUUACAUGAUCAAUGUAAGUGUAUAUGUAUAUGCAGCUUAUUUCACUACUCGUAUAUCUAUCUCUCCAACUAAAUUGCAGUAUUAAUUUAGAGUAAACUGAAGUUGUGUGAAAUAAGCAAUUCCAGUUUGGUGAAUACCUUCAAUACAUUCUGUGUCCGAAUUAUUAUUAUUCUUGUUAGAACAAUUUUAAUUUUGGAGGAUUUUGUAGUUCUUUCAAGGAAAUCAGGAGAUAUGAGAAAAUAGACUGCAUAUUACAAGGAAUAUCAUAAUAAAUAUGAAUUUUUUAAUGCAAUUUGUCAUAGUUAUGUAUUGAUUUUGUUGUGCCUUAAUUUUAAUGUUUGUAUAUGAAUUAAAGUUUGAUGCUACUUUACUCAACUUUGUUGUGUACAUUUUCUUAUUUAUUAUAAAAUAUAAUGUAAGCAAGCAGUGUCUGUCAAACUUGAAGCUUUUUUUACUGCUGUACACUACGAACUAAAAGGUUUUUGUCUGCUGUUUUGUGGCUUUUAUCCAUUUUUAAAUCAUCUGCGUAUG